CGGUGUGUUGUGGACUCGUGGUGCUGGCUGCCGCUGUUGAGGCUGCCUGGAACGGGCUGUGGGGAGCGGGCGGAGCUGGCCCUGCUUCUGCCUGGCCAGCGCCGCAGGCGGCGCGGGCCGUGCCCGCUGCCGUCAACUUCCCGGAGCGCCUGCUGAGGCCGAGGGAGACGCCGGGGCCUGCACCUGGAGAGAGCCUGCCGUGCUGGCCCGGAGGAGGGGGCGUUGCCAUGGCGACAGCCUCUCCGGCAGCUGACGGGGGGCGGGGGCGGCCUUGGGAAGGAGGGCUGGUCUCCUGGCCCCCUGCCCCUCCCCUUACGCUCCCCUGGACCUGGAUGGGCCCGAACUGGGGGCAACACCCUGGGCAUUGGGGCUUUCCAGCUCUCACAGACCCGUCAGCAUCUCCAGCUGCCAGUCUUGGCAUCUUCGAAGUAAGGAGAGUUUUAGAUGCCUCUGGAUGUUCAAUGCUAGCACCUUUACAGACUGGAGCAGCUCGAUUUUCUUCAUAUUUACUUUCAAGAGCAAGAAAAGUGCUGGGCUCCCACUUAUUUUCUCCCUGUGGUGUUCCGGAGUUCUGUUCCAUAUCCACCAGAAAGCUGGCGGCCCACGGCUUUGGCGCGUCAAUGGCGGCAAUGGUGCCCUUCCCUCCCCAGAGGUAUCACUACUUUUUAGUGCUGGACUUUGAGGCCACAUGCGACAAGCCACAGAUUCAUCCUCAGGAAAUCAUUGAGUUCCCCAUCCUGAAGUUAAAUGGCCGGACCAUGGAAAUUGAGUCUACCUUUCACAUGUAUGUCCAGCCUGUAGUCCACCCACAGCUUACCCCCUUCUGUACAGAGCUCACUGGGAUCAUUCAAGCCAUGGUGGAUGGCCAGCCAAGCCUGCAGCAAGUGCUGGAGAGGGUCGAUGAGUGGAUGGCGAAGGAAGGCCUCUUAGAUCCCAACGUCAAGUCAAUCUUUGUCACCUGUGGAGACUGGGACUUGAAAGUCAUGCUUCCAGGCCAGUGCCAUUAUUUAGGCUUGCCAGUGGCGGAUUACUUCAAGCAGUGGAUUAAUCUAAAAAAGGUGCAGGCAGAAGAUUCAGCUGAGCUGUGUGGCCUAUUUCCUGAGCAGCUACAAGGUCAACAUCUUGAUCUCAGUGUAGAUUAUCACUGUCAGCCCUGGAUGCUGAUGGUCCUGUCCAUGACUGAGGCACCUGCACUAGGAGGCUUACAGCUUCGCCAUGGGCUGCUGGCCCAAGAAUGGACUACUAGACAUGAACAAGGGCCUCAGCCUGCAACACAUAGGCCGGCCCCACAGCGGCAUUGAUGAUUGCAAGAACAUUGCCAACAUCAUGAAGACAUUGGCAUACCGAGGCUUCAUCUUCAAGCAGACAUCAAAGCCCUUCUGAUUGGCAGAGGACAGGAUGGGGCAGGACAGGGUAGCUGCUUGGCCCAAACCAGAAUCAUCCUCUCCCUCACCAGAGGGAAAAGGGAGAGUGGCACAGCUCUGCGCCCAGAGUGUCCCCCAGCUGCCCUACAGGCUUGUGCCCUGUGUGAGGGCUUGGCCACUUGGCCCCUCUGGAGCAGACACUUUGUGCCCCACCCCACUCCCAUUCCUCAGUCUCAGCCCAGUAUUAGCCCCUGCCAUUAUGGGCCUGGGCUAGGGGGAACCCAGGUACUCACUGCCUUCUCCCUGGUACACAGGCUUCUGCUGGGGCCACCAAGCCCUCCCUGUGCCCCUCCCAUCCAUAGUGCAUGGUGUGUGGUGCCCCCAGGGCUCCAGGACAGAUCAGGCCCCACCUUGUGUCCACCCCCACCCCCAAAAUCCCUGCUGUGAACGUGCCACUUGAAUAAAGUCGGGGAAACAAGGUCCUAGUGUGUAAUGAA